UUGCAGUGGCUGAUCCCAGCCACUAGCCCGGAGCACGCUCAGCCUCCUCCCCUAAAGGGGACCGCCCGGCUGCGCGGUGCCAGAGCCCAGCACAAGGAGAAAAGUUUGGAGCGCUGGGGCAGUUGGGCCGCCGGAGGAAGGGAACCAGAGGACAGGGACCUCCACUCAAAGUUUGAGCGGCUGUCGCCGCGUUCCGGGGGCGUCCUCCCCGCAGCGCCCUGCAGCAGCCGGACUUCAGUCCACCCGGAGGAAUGGGGCUCUCGGUCCGGGUCUGAGGCAGACGCUAGGCGCUCGGCUAGAGGACAGGGAGGAACUUGUUUUGCGAGCUGUCGCCGUGGGCCCUCCUUGUGUGCAGGAACUCUCCGGAAUCCAGCGGGGAAGGACUGGAUCGCUCUUCCACUGGGAUUCGUCAAGAGUUCCGGCAGCAGCUGCGGAGGUUGCAGAGUCUCCCUUUGUCCUCCUAGGACCUCCCUCCCACCCUUUUUUCCUCCCUCUGUCAGUUAGUGGGUUACGCUGACCCAGGCCCCGGCGCCCUAGCUGCUCGCAGUCCCCACCCCAGGGUCCCUGGUAACUCCUAGCACCGUAGUGUCCCACCGAGUCGAGCCGAGGGGACCGUGAGCAGAACCGAGUCGCAGGCCCCUGGCCACAGGAUGGUGGAGCGGCUGUCCCUGACCCGCAGUCUGGGGAGCUGGCUAGUCCCCGGGCUGUGGCUGCUGGCGCUUAGUGGCCCGGGGGUGCUGCUGAACGCGCAGGAGCAGCCCUCCUGCCGAGGAGCCUUUGAUCUCUACUUCGUCCUGGACAAGUCUGGGAGUGUGGCAAAUAACUGGAUUGAAAUUUACGAUUUUGUCCAGCAACUCACGGACAGAUUUGUGAGCCCUCAAAUGAGAUUAUCUUUCAUUGUGUUUUCUUCUCAAGCAACCAUUAUUUUGCCAUUAACUGGAGACAGAGGCAAAAUCAGUAAAGGCUUGGAGGAUUUAAAACGUGUUGUUCCAACAGGAGAGACAUACAUCCAUGAAGGACUAAAGCUAGCAAACGAACAAAUUGAGAAAGCGGGAGGCUUAAAAACCUCCAGUAUCAUAAUUGCUCUGACAGAUGGUAAGCUGGAUGGUCUGGUGCCAUCAUAUGCAGAGAAAGAGGCAAAGACAUCCAGGUCAUUUGGGGCUAGAGUUUAUUGUGUUGGUGUCCUUGACUUUGAACAAGCUCAGCUUGAAAGAAUUGCUGAUUCCAAGGAACAAGUUUUUCCUGUCAAAGGUGGAUUUCAAGCUCUUAAAGGAAUAAUUAAUUCUAUACUAGCUCAGUCAUGCACUGAAAUCCUGGAACUGCAGCCCUCAAGUGUAUGUGUUGGGGAUGAAUUUCAAAUCGUUUUGAAGGGAAGAGGAUUCAACUUGGGCAGUCGCAGUGGCAGUGUUCUCUGCACCUACACAGUGAACGAAACCUACACAAAGAGUGUGCAGCCAGUAAGUGUGGAGCUGAAUUCUAUGCUCUGUCCCGCGCCUUCCCUGAGUAAAGUUGGCGAAACUCUUGAUGUAUCAGUGAGCUUUAAUGGAGGAAAAUCUGUCAUCUCAAGCUCAUUAAUAGUCACAGCCACAGAAUGUUCUAGUGGAAUUGCAGCCAUCAUUGUUAUUUUGGUGUUACUGCUGCUCUUGGGUAUCGGUCUGAUGUGGUGGUUUUGGCCCCUUUGCUGCAAAGUGGUUAUCAAGGAUCCUCCUCCACCACCACCCUCUGCACCAAAAGAGGAGGAAGAAGAGCCCCUGCCAAACAAGAAAUGGCCAACUGUGGACGCCUCCUAUUAUGGCGGUCGAGGAGUUGGAGGAAUUAAGAGAAUGGAGGUUCGUUGGGGAGAUAAAGGAUCCACUGAGGAAGGUGCGAGGCUAGAGAAAGCCAAAAACGCUGUGGUGAAGAUCCCUGAAGAGGCCGAGGAACCUGCCAGGCCCAGGCCACCUCGACCCAAACCCACAUACCAGCCUUCUCAGACAAAGUGGUACACACCCAUUAAGGGUCGGCUCGAUGCGCUCUGGGCUUUGCUGCGGCGACAGUACGACCGGGUUUCCUUGAUGCGACCUCAGGAAGGAGACGAGGGCCGGUGCAUAAACUUCUCCCGAGUUCAGUCUCAGUAAAAGGAAAGGAAGAAGACCAAGAAGGUAUGAAGAUGGUCCAUCUUCACACUGCUGAUUUCCAACAAAAUGAGAAACAAAUAAGUGCAUUUGAGAUGUUUUUGGAAGAGCAGCUUUAUUCCUGUCAGUCAGGAAAUGUUUUCUCUGCCUUCUGCUUUGCCUUACACCAGAUAUUUUCAAAGAGUUCUGCUGUCUACACGGGAGUCGAUGAAACACAGAGGUGACUCAUGAUUCAUGACAUUGAAAAUGAAGAGGAACAUUGAUCUGCAUGCUAUGGCUUAUGGAAGAAAGUUUGCACAAAUGUGUAGAAGGGGGAAAAUAAAAAACAGCUGCAUGAAGUUGGUAUCAAAAUGGGAACCAUGCAACCACUGGCCAUGAUGGAUCUUUAAUGAAGGGAAGAGUGUUUAACAUGGAAACAUGGCACUUGUGUUUUUACAAGGUGAGAUUGUGUAUCCACAGGCACAGUUUGAAAUUUUCCACCAGGAUAAGCAAAUGAAGGAGUCUAUUGCCUUAUAGCUCUGUCAGAUUACAAAACCCUUCCAAGUCCCCCCACACCGUGCCUUACGGGAAGCUGCUGCCUGGAAAAUCUUGUCACUCUUCACACUGAAAAGUGCACACGCAUGACAAAAUGUAGACAGGAUGCUUCAAAGUAUUGGCAGCAAGCAAGAUUUUUGCCCUUUAGUUUUUGAAGACACUUUUCUUUCAUCAUGCACUUGGGAAAAGAAAAUUAAUAGAGCGUUAUUCCACAGGAAGACAGCCUCUAACCAGAGAUCUUGAGUGGAGUGUGAGGGAUUCAUGAAUUGAGAACUUGUCCCUGUGAUUGGUAGAUUUACAGUUUUUCUAUGUUUAGGGUUUAGUAGUAUGUGUAGCAUUAACAACUGUAUACAUACCUACCAGUUUUGUUUGCUUUUAAUUUAAAGGAAGCAAUAACCACAAAGCUUCCGCUCAGGGUUUUUGUUUCUCCGAGUCUCCAAGGACUCUUCAGCAUCACAAGCUAGCAACUCUCUUUGCAUGAGAAUCUCAAAAUUUAAUUAAUAUAAUUAAAGGCAACAGCAAGCAGCAGCCUGUGAAGAUUUUGCUCAUCUUUUUUAUGCCUUCUGACAUUGAAUGACCUAUUGCUGUAUGUGCAUUACUCGGAUUUUGAGGAGGCACGUUACCUUGGAUAUGAUUCAGUACAGAAGAAAAGACCUCCGUUCAUCAAUUUAAAAAUUAAAUUUUCAGGAGGAUCGGCCACCGCAAAACAUCGCCAAUGUACGUGUUCUAAUGUUUUAGAAAAACCACCGUCGUGUCAUGUCGACGGUGCCAAAUGAUGUUAGCAUGAGCGGAAACACUGUGGGGAGGAAGAAGGCAGCAGCUGAAGAGAAAAGCUCAAACGAUCUAGUCACUUUCGAUACUGUAUUUCAGAUGGGAAAUGGAUAUUCGACUCGAAACCUGACAAAGUGCGCCUGCUUUGAUGUGAACUGGUAUAGACAAUGACCAGUGGCUGGGUCAGUGGGAUGUCUCUCUGCGAGCACAAAGGCUUAUCAAAUGACACUAAAAAUAAGUUCAACAACCAUCACAUUGGAAGGGAGAAGUCGAACAUUUCAUGUUUGGCGGGCAUAUGAGUGCACAAGAUGGAAAAGAGCGAUGUGGAGCAUCCCAGUAUAAUUAUCCCUGUUGUGCUCUUAAUGGAAAUUUCAAAGGACGGGAGUGAUUCUGCUGGUUGGUGUCCAGAAUUGUGGCACUGCUCCAAGAAGCCUUACUCACACACACAAAUAUAUAUAUAUAUACACACACACACACAUGUAUAUUUACUAGCUUGAAUCUUUUGCUCAAGUUUAUUUAUGUCACUGGCUGGCUGGAUCCAAAGUCAUGAGUCUACAUAUUCAUAAAUAAAAUUUUUACCUGUG